ACUAGCUGUAAUUCUCCUCUACCAAUAUAAAGAAAAAUAUCUUUAAUAUCGUCAGUGUAGACCAGUAUCUUUUGUCUAUGGAUACCAUACAACUUUCCUAUAAAAAUUGUUGAAAGGUCAUAAAUAACUAAACGGCAAAAUACAUGAAAAAUGACUUGUAUUCCCCACAUUUUCAUCAUAUUCAUAUCCACUACAUUAUGGUCCACUGCUCCUCAAUCCUCAGCCCUUCAAUUUCCAAUCAACGUCUGGCCGAAGCCGACCUCCAUCAAGUGGCCCCACCCACAAGCAAUCCGCCUCUCCCCCAAAUUCACCAUCUCCAGCCCCCGCCACCGUUACCUCAUCCGCGCCGCCCGCCGCUACCGCCGCCUCGUCCUCUCCGAGCACCACCGCCCCCUCGUCCCGCCACUCCUCAACCUCACGUCUUCUCCGCCGCUUCAAACCCUCGCCAUCACCGUCUCCGAUGUCGCCGCCCCUCUCUCCCACGGCGUCGACGAGUCCUACACCCUCGAGAUCCCGUCCACGGGCGCCGCCGCGGAGCUGGCCGCCGUGACCGCGUGGGGCGCGAUGCGCGGGAUGGAGACGUUCUCGCAGCUGGUGUACUCGAACCCGCCGGCGGCGGCGUGCGGCCUCCGCAUCUCGGACGCGCCGCUGUUUGCGCACCGCGGCGUGCUGCUGGACACGUCGCGGAAUUACUACAAAGCGGCGGAUCUGGUGCGGCUGGUGAGAGCGAUGAGCAUGAACAAAUUGAAUGUUUUCCAUUGGCACAUAACUGAUUCGCAUUCUUUCCCACUGGUGGUGCCGUCGGAGGCGGAGCUGGCGGAGAGAGGGGCGUACGGCGAGGAGAUGAAGUACACGGCGGCGGACGUGAAGAAGAUCGUUGAGCACGGGAUGGAGCAUGGCGUUAGAGUCGUGCCGGAGAUCGACAUGCCUGCACAUACAGGAUCGUGGGGCGAAGCGUACCCUGAGAUCAUGAGCUGCGCGAAUGAGUUCUGGUGGCCCGCAGAAGCCGACUGGGCUGAUCGACUGGCGUCUGAGCCCGCCACCGGACAGCUCAAUCCAUUAAAUCCUAAGACGUAUCAAGUUGUCAAGAAUGUGAUCUCCGAUGUCGUUGCCAUGUUCCCCGACCAGUUCUACCACGCCGGAGCUGAUGAGGUCGCUCCAAACUGCUGGAAAACCGAUCCUCACAUUCAAGACUUGCUGUCCAACAACCAAACAACCCUCAGCCAUGUUCUUGAAAUAUUCGUGAAUUCCACUCUGCCAUACAUCCUGUCCAAGAAUCGGACGGUGGUCUACUGGGAGGACGUGCUGUUGGACGAUACUGUGAGAGUGUCGCCUUCCUCGCUUCCUCCUCAGCACGUCGUCUUGCAGUCUUGGAACAACGGGCCCAACAACACCAAGAGGAUUGUUAGCGCAGGCUACCGCGCCAUUGUUUCGUCUGCGGACUACUAUUACUUGGACUGCGGGCAUGGAGGUUUUCUUGGAAACGACAGUGAGUAUGAUAAGCCGCCCGGGGCUGAUCAGGGCAGCGGGGGAUCGUGGUGUGCGCCGUUCAAAACGUGGCAAACUAUUUAUAACUAUGAUAUAACGUAUGGCCUGAAGGAAGCGGAGGCGAAGAUGGUGUUGGGAGGAGAAGUGGCGCUGUGGUCGGAGCAGGCGGAUUCGACUGUGAUGGAUAGCCGGAUUUGGCCUCGAGCUUCGGCUAUGGCGGAAGCGCUGUGGUCGGGGAAUCGGGAUGAAAUGGGGAAGAAGAGAAGUGGGGAGGCUGUGGAUAGGUUGAGUGAAUGGAGAUAUAGAAUGGUGGGACGUGGCAUUGGUGCUGAGCCUAUUCAGCCACUCUGGUGUAUCAAGAAUCCUGGCAUGUGUAAUACGGUUCAUGACACUUAGCUUGUUUUUGGUCAAAUGUAACACUUGAAUUUGCUCACAUGUAUUGACCAACUGAAAUUCCAGAUGUAAUAUGCUUCACACACUUUAGCAAACUUGUUUUUGGUUAA